UUAACUUCCGUUUCCGUUUCGAAACGUAAACAUUGAUUUUCAUUUGAGACUUUUGAAACGGUAGAAAUACAAACCAUGUCAUGCCAGCUCUCUGUAUUUGGUCAUUUCCAAGAAGUCUCAUCAUUAAGAGAAUACCUGUUUCCCUGCUCAAAAGAUGAAUCGUCACAGAAGAGUGACAGGGGUGGAAAUGAUGCCUGGACUGAAGAUUGGAGUUGGAAUGAAGAUGAACCGAUGGAACAAGAUGACUCUGACUCAUCUCAGUCAACCGAGGAGAAUAAACACAACUGGUUACAGGACUGUCUCAUAUCCAUCUCACCUGCUAAUGAUCUCAUGGCUGUAGCAUAUGGUGACAAACUUGUCUUGUUCUCACAAAAAUGGGAUCCUGGUGACACAGAAUCAGAGACCAAGUUUUCUAUGAAGUAUAAAGAAAGUUUGAAACAAGAUGAAGGGGAAACCAUCACAGCUGUUUUGUGUCUGCCAUUAGCUUCUCAGAAAAGAAGUACACAAGGAGCUCCAGACUGGACAUGUAUUAUUGUAGGAUUUUCCACUGGGUACAUCAGGAUUUAUACUGAGACUGGUACCCUGCUGUUAUCCCAAUUAUUGCAUACAGAACCAGUUCAGAAGAUCAAGUGUAGGACUUAUGAACCACCAAGAUACCUUGGUCUUUCUGAACAGCACGAGGAACUUAUAAUACUGUUCAGAAAGGCCCUUGUGACAGUAGAUGGUUUCAGUCUUUACCAGUCACUUAGAGCUUGUAGGAAUCAAGUAGCCAGAGCUACAGCAGGAGAUACAUCCAUACAGCCACCACCUCUAGCCUACAAAAAAUGGGGGUUACAGGGACAAGAAAGAAUCCAGGACUGUUGUACAUGUGGUAUUGAUACUCCUAAUCCGUUUGAUCAGAUGAAAUCUGCUGCAAUGAUGGCACCUAAUGCUACAUUAAGACCAGCCCCAUCAACUUCUGCUAAAUAUAUUACAUCUGGUGUUAGUCAUUAUGUUGGAGUGUAUAAUGCUGUUGAGGGCAGUACACAGCCAAUAUUAUCUGAAGUUGCCUUCGCUGUUGCUAGCAAACUGAAGUCUGCCUUAAUGUCAGCUGCAAGUGGCUGGUUAGGAUUUGGACAGAAACAGAAAGAAGAGGAUAGAAGCAAACCCAAAAUUGAACCUGUUACUCCAUUGAAUAUGAGUUUUGGUUUACCAGAUAGGCUUAGAAAUGGUGACUCGAUUCACUUAUCUCCUAACAAUAACUAUGCUGCUACAACAGAUAACUUUGGACGAGUUAUUCUGAUAGAUAUAGACAGAGGAACAGCCAUCAGAAUGUGGAAAGGUUACAGAGAUGCACAGCUAGGAUGGGUACAAGUAAAGGAAGAUUUACAACAUGGAGAAACACCACAGCAAAGAAGAGUAGCUCAAUUUCUGAUCAUUUAUGCUCCAAGGAGGGGAAUCUUAGAGGUAUGGACGGCAGGAAAUGGUCCACGAAUUGCAGCCUUCAAUGUGAGUAAGUCAUGUCAGCUGAUCUGUCCAGGAUAUGGAUACCUGGGAUUAAAUAAUGUGACCAGUAGAGGAAUAAAGACGAGAUCAUUCCAGUGUGCUCUUAUUGACCCAGCUGGUACUAUAAAAACUCUAGAUGUACCAUUCCACUUAGCACUUAGUGAUAAGAACAGUAAAAGAGCGAGGGAUCUACAUUUGCUAAAGCAGUUAAAACUUGUGUUAAAGGACAACACUGUAGAGUCAGAGACAUUGGAAUCAACUUUGAAGUCUCUGAUUCUUGAUAUGAAAAUCUCAAGUAUUGCACAGCAGGGUGUAGAGAGAGUAUUAUCUACAAAGUAUCUGUCAGUGAGUGUGAUGAGAAAAAUACUUCAAGCAUGUCUACAGCAGUUCACUGAUAAAGAUUGUUUAGAUAUAGAUAGUAAGAUGUUCGUGAGAUAUAGUGAGCUAAAGGAUGGAUUACUACAGACAUACCAAAUGUUAGUAAAAAGUCACCAAGCUAUAGUGGAUCAAGAGAAUAAUCAGAGCAGUGAGGAAAUUCUUGAAAAAUCACUUGAUCUGCCAGGCUCUGAGGCCACACAUAUAGUUUCUCAACUUGAUCAAUAUUUCUCUACAAAGGAUGAUGGAAAUGGAGAAAAAUCAGUGAAGCGUGUCAAAUUUAAGGAUGACAAAGAGGGUAUGACACCAGCUGGUUUCCUAAGCUGUUUUCAAUGUCAGCCACACUUGUUUGAGCAGGAUGCUAGUCAGCAUGGAACAUAUGAGUUGAUGAGUAACUUAUCAGAUGAUAAAAGAACAGAUUUAGUUAAAUUUUUGUUUGAGCUUUCUCUGAGAGACAACAAAUCUGCCAAUGAACUGGGUAUCAUUCUACAGGAUAGCUCUCUGUCCCCAAAGUUGUUAAUGCAUAUGCUGAUUUAUUACUGGUUAUCGUAUGUUGAACCCUUGGUGAUUUGUAUACCUGCAUUGUACCACAUCAUUAAAGUCAUCACUGAAUUGACAGACAAAGCUGAAGUGCUAGUAGAAUGUGAUAGUAUCUCUCCUUGGUGGCAGAAAAUAAGAGAUACUUGUUGUCAUAGCAACAAUGCAGUAGCAGCAUAUUUACUUGGCCUUGCAUGUAGAUCUGUAGCUAAACAAAUGGAAUAUAAUCAAGUCAAAGCAAAGGAUCCUGAUGCUGAUACAGCAUCAAAUGAAGAUCAAAGUCAAUGUAACUCUGUUGACUUACAGAGAUGGGACCAGUUAGUAAAACAGUUAGAAGAUGUGCUGUCUUUGUGUAAUCUGUUAGGACUACAAAGAGCAGACGACAUGUCACAGCCUAUUCCUGUGUCUGUUUCAAAGUUAAUGGAGGGUGGAAGAGGUUCACUAUCAGAGUUGGUUGCCAAAUACAUUGCCAAGACAGGUCUGCAGCCAUGUGAUAUUGUCAAGUUUGGUUUGUCUGAUACUAUAGAGGUUGACCCUGGUAAAGAAGUCACGGAAACUGUCACAACACUGGAUAAAAUACAGGGUUGUUUAGAGCUUUUACAGCAGAGAUUUGUCCACAGUUUAGACAAUGAUGUUCUGUAUGCCAAUACAUCUUGGGAAAAUGCUGUGUAUUGGUACAAUGAACCAGAGUUGGUGCAAAAUUUGAAGCUUUCCUCUGAGUAUCUAAAGCUAGUACAGAAUGCUGUUCUCCAGCAUGGAGUAGGAGCUAUGAUGUGGAGUAUGUUCAUUUCUAAAAGAUUCCAAUCAGCUGCACUAUUAAUGGAAAAGGUUGGAAAAAUACCAAAGGAUAGGUUAACUAGAAAGGAGAUUGGAAUAAGUGAGGGUAAAAUGGUUGACUUUAUGGAAGCUGUGACAGAAUUCCUGGACAUUUUGAUGGAGGCAAACUGUGAGGCAAAUGAAGUUCCUGUGUUUAACAUUGAACCACUUUGGCAGGACAUAAGGGGUCCUACAUCUCUUGUAGAGCUAGCAGUUGAGCAGAAGACAACAAAUUAUGGUCUGAUACAUCACCAUUAUCAUCUGUCUGUGAUAAUGUUAGCAGUUUUGACCUUCAAUAUUAAAUCUGUCAAAGUUAUUUCUCUUUUUGACACUAAGGGUAGAAAUAGUUUCUUCAAGGCAUUUGACCAGCAUCCAUUACUGCCAUCUCAGAAUGUUGACCCUACCAUAACUAAUAACAGAAAACAGUUUCUGUCCAAGAUAAUUACAUGUAGUGUGCAUUCAGGUGAAAGAGAGGAAAUAGAAAAAUCACAACAGUUCCAAGGAUCAGAAUCAGUUCGGUUUAAACCAGUGCGUAACUGGUGUAAACUGGUUCUUGAACUUGCCAAGGACUUUGGUCUAGAUUUGGACUUUUUUAAAAGACAUCAUGUGGUUGAAUUGUAUUCUUGUGGACAUGAUAAAUUGGCAGAGGAGGUAUUAGGGACUGUAAAUGAUCGAGAGUCCAUGGGAGCUGAGUUACUUCCUGUAGCAGGUUGUAGAGUUGCUUAUCAGGUUCUAGUCAAAGACAAAUCAUGGGGUGCAGGACUUCUGACUAAUGUCUCACCAACACUAUCAUCAUGGCUACGAGAACUGAAAACUGACCAUUUGGUACAACCAGAAGUAGAUGUCCAGGACAUAUCUAAUCUGUUGCAACACGUAGCUAAUUGUCUACCUGAAGGAUUUAACGACUAUGAACUGGCUAUAUCACUAGUAGAUCUUGUCCAAUCAAUGAAGGGAUAAAGAGACCACUACUCAAUGAUAAUGUUACAACACGUAGCUAAUUGUCUACCUGAAGGAUUUAACGACUAUGAACUGGCUAUAUCACUAGUAGAUCUUGUCCAAUCAAUGAAGGGAUAACGAGACCACUACACAAUGAUAAACUUAUUGUUAAUGGCACCUCUACCC